AUGCAGAACUUGUUCGCCUAUGUGGACGAUCUCUCGGCUCGUUUGUCAGAAGCCGAGUAUGAACUUCGUGAUCGGAAAGACGUGAUCAAGUUGACACGCGAUCGUAUCGAAGACGCCGAGAAGCAAAUUCAGGUUUUGCGAGCCGAGAAGGCUCGUCAUGCCUUCGCAUCCGUUUUGAUCGAUGGUGACUGUAUGCUGUUCAAUGAUGACCUUGUGAAAGCCGGACUAGAAGGUGGAAAGAGAGCCGCCGGCUUACUCAAACAAGCUGUUGAGGAAGAACUUCGAUCAUCUCCACCUGCGUUGGCCCACCAUAUCCAGGUGGUCAUUCGUGUUUACGCGAACAUGAAGGGCCUGGCGAAGACAUACAAAGACGCUGAGAUUCUCCCACAGUUAGCUUCACUUGACGAGUUCGUACGUGGUUUCAAUAUGGGCGAUCCCAUGUGUGAUUAUGUUGAUGCUGGCAACGGCAAAGAGUGUUCGGAUGAGAAGAUCAAAGCAAUGUUUCGACAUAAUCUAGCAGAUAUGCACUGUCAGCAAAUCCUCUUCGGUGGCUCAGCCGACAAUGGCUAUGCCCGAUUGUUGGGCCCAUAUAACGAAGACGACGCAGUACGAAGCCGUAUCACCCUCUUGGAAGGCCCGCCGUUCGCCCGCGAGUUAGCUGCGAUCAAGGACAGAUACCACACCGUAUCAUUCGACAACGUGUUCCGGGGUCAAAUGCUGGUGGUCACCCCGAGGCGCGCAACGGUGUCUCUCCCCACUCCGCCACGAACACCAUCGACAGACUACGCAAUGGUCGCUGCGCAGACUUCCAACGUCUCCGUAUUGGAGGAGCCACGGAUGAAGAGCAACUACCGGAAUUUCCUCUUUACCCCAGACCGCGAUGCCGCCGUUGCAACUGGCAACCCAGAUUCCGAAACAUUCCGGCCGAGUGUCGACCAUUACCGUGCAGUCUUGUUUAAUGCCGAUGAGGCGAAACCCAGAUUCAUCUGGCUUCUCUGCAAGUGGCUCGAAAAGGACGACGAUGAAGAUGAGGACGACGGUUUAGAUUACGAAUACGAAGAGGAUGACGAAGAGAAUUACCAGAUUCCCAUGACCAAGGCGAUCAUCGGAGACGAUGUCUCCGCAAGUCAUACGCCUAUCCAACACAAUUCGAGACUGAACAUACCGCUUUCGGACACUAUCUUCGUCACAUAUCGCGAUACAUUCUCGAUAGAUGGCUCUCGGCCAAACAAGAGCGUUGCCUCAAUCACGUCCACCCAACCAGGGACGUAUACCGACUGGCGCGGUCCCAUCGUCGCUUAUGCGAAGGUGGGAAGAGGCAUGGACCCACCAACUUGCAGGCACUUUGAUAUGGUCGACUUCAGACAUAUCACUGACUACUUCCUCUCACACGGGUACACACCGCCCAAGGCCCAAGCCAAUGUGGCUCGUGUGAAGGGCGUAAGGAUCAACUGUUUGGGCGAUGUGAAGAUGCUAAAGAGACCACCCUUCGAAGCCAUCGAACUCCCAAUCACCGAUCCCAUCUUCACCAAGCACGACACCUCCGACAUCGCCGACCGCAUUGGUCUGCCCAUCUUAACGCGUCGCUGCCCGCCAGAUCCGAAGUGGGCCAACAAAAGCGAAGACGAGCUAUUCGAACACAGCAGCCCUACAAACAACCAGAACGCGACCUUCCUGCACCAGUGUCUGGAUCUCAACGCCGAAUUCGAUUUCAGUACCGGAUCUAUGGGCUGGGGAUUGUGUUCCAUGCCGUGGCAACUUGACGUGGGAAGCGCGAUUAUCGUGCGUAAGGACAGAAAGCCACUACUUCCACUACAGAUGGAGGCGCUGGCGAAGUGGUGUAAAGAGGAAGUUCGACCGAUCUUGGCUCAUUCUAUUGGAGAGUUCGCGCCGGAAGAGCCGAUCAGCAAAGAAGAUGUUUUGACGAUCAUUUGUCGGCCGAUGUUUGUGGUUUAUUGGACCAGGUUCACAAGUGAGAGGAAGGACUAUGAGACUCCUAGUCCGUAUGAUGACGGUAGCGUGUGA